CAGUAGCGCUCGUUUUGUUUGUUUAUUUACCGUUUGCCUAUUCUUUUAUACAAGGUACCCUCAAGUGAAUAAUAGGUUGAUGUCGUUUUGUGGAAAGAACGUAGGCGGUGAUGAACAAGUUCAAACAUGUUCAAGAGUGGAAGACGAUAGUUUAAAUGUGAUUUCAAGUAUGGAAGUAAUCGGAAAUAUGGAGUGCGAACAGUAUAUGGAGGGUAAUAUUACGCCGAAAGGAACAGAAAAAAGAAGACGGCCGAACAGUGAUGUAAUAGAGGAAAAUGACAUAGAUGAUGGAUUUAUUACUGUGCGUACUAGACGUUCGAAACGAUUUGCUAGAAACAUCACAAAACAUAGUGACUUUCACAAGUCGAAUAAUAGUAACUUAGAAGAGCAGUAUCAAGUGAGUAUUACAUCUAAAGAAGUUUUGCCAAAACAAAUAGCUUUUGCUAAGCUUUUAAGAGCAGAAAAUAUUACUAAUAUUCUUAGAAUAAAGUUCAGGAGUCCAUUCAAAGUACUCAUACAGUUCGGAUGCAAAGAACAUGCAGAGAAAUUAAUUCAGAAUAAGAAGUUAAGUGAUAUGGGGUAUAGGAUGCAAUUAGUGGAUGAAAUAAAUGUGUCUUAUGGCAUAAUUAAAGAAAUUGAUUUAGAUGAAGAGGAAAAAGAAUUGAUGGAGAAUCUUCAGUGUGACCAUGAAAUAUUGGCUGUGAAAAGACUUAAGCGCUUAUCAGACGGAAAAUGGAUAGAUAGUGAGACUGUAAGAAUAUCUUUUAAAAGUCAGACUUUACCUCCGUACGUAUAUGGGUUUGGUUGCAGAUUUGAAGUGAAAGCAUAUAUGUUUCCUGUAACUCAAUGCGCGAAAUGCUGGCGGUUUGGUCACCAAACCCGUCUCUGUCCAAUGAAAAAAAUCGUAUGCCCAAAAUGCUGUUCAGAUCAUGAAAAUUGUGAAACGACAGAAUAUAAAUGCGUUAAUUGUAAGAAUGAUCACAUGGCAAAUGACAAGACAUGUCCAAUAUUCCUAAAAGAAAAAAUGAUAAGAAGAAUAAUGCUUUUGGAGAAUUGUACUUACCGAAGAGCUCUUGAGAUACAUCGGAAUAGCAAAAAUAGAAAUGAAGAAUAUGACAAGAGUGAAUAUGACAAGAGUGAAAGUGAGUGUGAAAGUACUGAUCAAGAUGAUGAUACAAUGAAAGGCACAGAUUUCUUGAAAAGGACUUAUCGAGAUAUUUUGUUGACUGAGGCAACAGUACACGCAGAAAAGUCUGAUACAGAUGACAAUAUGAAUAACGAAGAAGGUUCUGUUGCUAAUACUAUAAAGUCUAAAAAUAAAAAGAAGAAAAAGAAACAGUCAAAGACAAGACCCUCAAAUGAAGAUCGGUUUAAGCAGAGUUCACAAGAUAAUGAAGAGCAACCCAAACAACAUACAGAGAAUGAAGCAUCAAAAGAAUGUAAGAAUAAUAUAUAUGAAGGUAAAAUUACUCUUGCAUUAUUUUUAAACAAAAUGAAAGAAAUUAUUAUGUCAAAUAGAAAAUUAGAAGAAAAGAUGGUAGCAGUUGCGGAGUUUAUUUUUGAAAUUAUUUACAAAUUUAUUUUUACAUAUUUCGAGAAGAUAGAUAUUUUGAAGAAAGUAGUGUCACUAUUUAAAAAUAUAGUCGAAGUGCCAUUCAGCAUUUAGCUCGAUGCGCCUCUGGGCACAGAGGUGUUGUGAUAGCUUUUUCUAUUCUUAAAAUGCUGAAUGACUUUCAAUGUAGAGGUUCGAACAUAAAGAUUCAAUGGAUCCCGUCUCACAUUGGUCUUGUUGGGAACGAGCAUGUGGAUAAUUUGGCUAAGUGUGCAAUAGAAGACGGCAUUGAUGUAUUGAUUACACCGUCUGUUUCGGAAAUAUUACCAAAGUUUAAAAAAUCUUGCUUUGUUUUAUGGAAAAAUCAUUUUGAUAGUAAAUCGGUUGAAAAAGGAAUAUGGUAUAAAACUGUUCAGAACUUGCCUUCUAUUAUUCCCUGGUUUACUCAUUCCCGACUGAAUCGUCCGUAUAUCGUUGCUGCUUUGAGGUUGCGUUCUGGACACGUUCCAUUGAGAAAGUUUGCAUAUUUGAUGAAAAAAGUAGACUCACCAAAUUGUUUGUCUUGUGAUAAGUUGGAAGAUAUGCAACAUUUGUUAAUGGAGUGUGUUCAGAAUAGUGAGUUGAGAGAACAUGCCUGGUCACUAUUAAAUAUUAAAAGCUAUGAAGUUGGAUUCAUAAAUAGUAUUUUGGCCGAACCGGAUUCUGUUUCGGCUAAAAUCCUAUUUAACCUUUAUAUAAAAAGUACGAAAAAUAGAUUAGGUACUAUAUAAUAUGUUUCAAGUUAAGAGAUAGAAUAUAGAUUAGUAAUAGGUUAUAUAAAAUUUGAUUAAGUCAAUUGUUAAUUAGUUUAAUCUAGGUUUAAGUACUAUAGAACUGACAUGUACAAAUUGUAUAUAAGUUCUUUAAAAUAAAUAAAGAUUAAAAAAAAAAAAAAAAAAAA